CCAAGAGGCGCUGCAUGGGCAGCAUGCGUUUCGCCAGAGGCCCCGGUGCGGGCCCCGCGGGCAACUCCAGCCAGUGGCCCGUGACCACCGGAGGGGCCAACGCCACUGGGGAAACGGGGUCGCUCGGGGAAGACGAAGGUCCGCAGAAGGACACCCGCAACGAGGAGCUAGCCAAGCUGGAGAUCGCUGUGCUAGCCGUGACUUUCGUGGUGGCUGUGCUGGGUAACAGUAGUGUGUUGCUGGCGCUGCACCGCACACCUCGCAAGACGUCCCGCAUGCAUCUCUUCAUUCGCCACCUCAGCCUGGCGGACCUGGCUGUUGCUUUUUUCCAGGUGCUGCCGCAGCUGUGCUGGGACAUCACCUACCGUUUCCGGGGGCCCGACGCACUGUGCCGGGUGGUGAAGCACCUGCAGGUGUUCGUCAUGUUUGUCUCGGCUUACAUGUUGGUGGUCAUGACCGCUGACCGCUACAUCGCGGUGUGCCACCCCAUGAAGACGCUGCAGCAACCCGCGCGCCGCUCGCGCCUCAUGAUCGCUGCGGCCUGGGUGCUGAGCUUCGUGCUGAGCACGCCUCAGUACUUCAUCUUCUCCAUGGUCGAGGUGAACAACGUCACCAAGGCCUACGACUGUUGGGCCACCUUCAUCCAGCCCUGGGGUUCCCGAGCUUACGUGACCUGGAUGGCGAGCGGCAUCUUCGUGGCACCGGUGAUCAUCCUGGGCACCUGCUAUGGCUUCAUCUGCUACCACAUCUGGCGCAACGUCCGCGGGAAGACAGCGUCGCGCGAGGGCAAGAAUGCGGAGGGCACUGGUGGUGCCUUCCACAACGGGCUGCUUCUCGAACCCUGUGUCAGCAGUGUGAAGACCAUCUCCCGCGCCAAGAUCCGCACAGUGAAGAUGACUUUCGUGAUCGUGACGGCUUACAUCGUUUGCUGGGCACCCUUCUUCGUCGUCCAGAUGUGGUCUGUCUGGGAUCAGAAGCUCCGCUGGGUCGAGUCAGAAAACACGGCCAUCACCAUCACUGCGUUACUGGCAUCCUUGAAUAGCUGCUGCAACCCCUGGAUAUACAUGUUUUUUAGUGGCCACCUCCUGCAAGAUUGUGUCCAAAGCUUCCUGUGCUGCCAAAACAUGAAGCAAAUAUUCAACAAAGAAGAUUCUGACAGUAUGAGCAGAAGACAGACUUCUUACACUAACAACCGAAGCCCGACAAACAGUAUGGGUACUUGGAAAGACUCACCUAAAUCCUCCAAGCUCAUCAAAUUUAUUCCUGUUUCAACCUGAGCCCCUCAUUCAUGCAGCUGACUCUUGAAACAGACGUUCUUGCCAUUGGCUGAUCCCAACCAGCAAUCAGGAGAACAAAUGAACUAAGAUACGCGUAAAUCAGUUUGUCGGUUACAAGACUGUGUUUCUGGUUCCGUUUUCACACUGCU